AUGUUUGAGGGCGGCAAAAUCCUAUUUUUCGGUGCUUAUACCCUGAACAACUCAAGCCUGGAAGAUGAUGAUCUAUCUAGGCUCGCAAUUGUUCUACUCCUAUCGAUCUUUCAGUCCGGCCACCUAUUCAGUCCAGGUUCUUGGGGGCACCGAUUUCAGUCCGCGUUUCGGUCUCCGGAGAUAGAUUGGGCUCUCAGCUUUUUCAUCCGGCGCCCUGAGGUCCUACAGCAAACGUCAUUAGAUCGUUUAUCGACCUUUUUUGCGGACGUCAUAAAGUAUCAUUCCACAUUUCGACUGGGCUUCAUUCCGCAGAACGGCAUGGAGCUGAAACAUCUCUGGUAG